AUGGCAGACCGAGGAUUUAUAGAUAUGGAUAGACCAAUAUUGUUUCCUACCUCACAAUCUAUCUAUCUAUCUAUCUAUCUAUCUAUCUAUCUAUCUAUCUAUCUAAUUCUGCUCAUCUCUCUUUUUCUCUGUCUCUCUCUAUCUAUAUGUCUCUUCCUAUCUAAUUUUAUCAUUAUCGAUAUAAUUCUGUUCAUAUCUAUCUAUCUAUCUAUCUAUCUAUCUAUCUAUCUAUCUAUCUAUCUAUCUAUUUAUGGUCAUUAUCGCCUUGCUGGGGUGAAAUUAGCAAAUAUCUAUCUAUCUAUCUAUCUAUCUAUCUAUCUAUCUAUCUAUCUAUCUAUCUAUCUAAUUCUCUACACAUCUAUCUAUCUAUCUAAUUCUGUACAUAUCUAUCUAUCUAAUUCUGUACAUAUCUAUCUAUCUAUCUAUCUAUCUAUCUAUCUAUCUAUCUAUCGAUUUCUAGAAUUCCAAUUUCACAUAAUUUCUUAUGAAUCUAUCUAUCUAUUUAUCUAUCAAUCUAUCUAUCUAUCUGUAAUUGUACAUUUGGGUAGCAGUCUCUCUUAUGACCAGUGGAAAAUGUCCUUAUGUUAUUUCAUAUGUGUGUUCAUAUCUAUCUAUCUAUCUAUCUAUCUAUCUAUCUAUCUAUCUAUCUAUCUAUCUAUCUUUAAGACUGUUAAUAUCUACCUCAUCUAUUCUAUCUAUCUAUCUAUCUAUCUAUCUAUCUAUCUAUCAAUAUUUAAGACUGUUAAUAUCUACCUCAGUCUCCCGGUAAUAUCUAUCUAUCUAUCUAUCUAUCUAUCUAUCUAUCUAUCUAUCUAUCUAUCUAAGUUUGUUAGUAUCUAUCAAUCUAUCUAUCUCUAUCAAUACCUAUCUAUCACAUACUUUUGUUGA